GGCUGCAGUCCGGCGCGGGCGAGCGAGGCGCGCGGUCGGACCGAGAGGGAGCGGAGCCGCCGUCAACAUGGCCACCGACGAACUGGCUUCCAAGCUGCAGCGGCGCCUGGACAUCGGCGACGGGCCGGCCGGGCACGAAGACGGCGAGGAUGAGGCGGGGUCGGCGCCGGAGCCCGAACUGGAGGAGAAGCCCCCCACUGCCGCCGCGGGCACGGAGCUGUCGGCCAAGCUGGCCCGGCGCGGGGAGCUGAACGACGGCUCGGCCGAACCGCAGCAGCGCAGCCUCCGCGUCUUCAACCCCAACACCGAGUUCAAGGAGUUCUCCCGCAAACAGAUCCGAGACAUGGAGACCAUGUUCAAGCGAUACGAUGCUGGAAAGGACGGUUUCAUCGACCUGAUGGAGUUGAAGCUGAUGAUGGAGAAGCUGGAGGCUCCUCAGACCCACCUGGGGCUGAAGAACAUGAUCAAGGAGGUCGAUGAGGACUUUGACGGGAAGCUCAGCUUCCGAGAGUUCCUGCUCAUUUUCCGUAAGGCAGCCGCAGGAGAGUUGGCUGUGGACAGUGGGUUGCAUGUUCUUGCCCAGUUGUCUGAAAUCGAUGUUUCAACGGAGGGAGUGAAAGGUGCCAAAACCUUCUUCGAAGCCAAGGUUCAGGCAAUCAAUGACUCCAACCGAUUCGAGCAGGAAAUCAAGGAGGAGCAGGACGAAAAGAAGAAGCAGGCGGAGGAAAAGAAACAGAAGAGAGCAGCCUUCAAGGAUCUGCAGUCGGCCUUCAAGUAGAGGCAGCCUUCUCUGCCUGAGCCCCUUGCAGGGUGCAGGAGGUCUGAUGAUCUGGCUUCCAACCUUGGCAAAAGCCCAGGUGACAGACUGCCGUUUGUUUUCAAGAGUAGGUUGGGUAAGGGGAAGGGUGGGAGAUGGGGAUGGGAUGUACCAGAGACACCACUGACCACAAUGUCCAGUGUGGAUGGACAGAGCUGCCUCUUUCACUUCCCAGCCGAUCCUUAGCCUGUCAUUCGACCACCAGCCACUUGUGAGGGCUUGGGGAUGUGAGCAUGGCUGCAAUGAGAAGCAAUGAUCGAUGUUCUUCAAGCCAAGCCUAACCAAAUGCAUUGUCUCCAAUGUUAUUAUUUGCUGAUCUUGACCUGUUGCUUUAUUCCUGGUACGUGAUUGUGAAAGUGAAGUUCUGUUCUCCGUCUAAUACGGGAACUGAGGCUGCGGGUGAAGCUCCCGGGGCCUUGGUGACAUUUUGAAAGGGACUUUGUCCUUAAUGGACUGUGUUAAUUUGCCCAACAAAGCCUCUCUUCCUUGUGACAAAUCUGAACCAAGACUGGCCCCCAGAGACCACCUGAAGCUGAAGCGUUGGGGGAGGGAGGUUCCUGCUGUCUCUCUCCCUGCCUCGUCAAGGAAUUACCUCAGUCUGAAUUCACCUCUUCUCAGUUUCCCCCAUUAACUGCUCACUGCAGUCAUGGAUAAGAUUUUAAGGAUAAGUUUGAUGACACCAUGUGCAAAAUAAAUGGGCUGGUAAAACAUCAAUAAUUUGUGGUAUCUUAAGUCAGAUCAAAUCGCUUUAGUGCUUUAAAUUAUUCAUACCAAAAUCUGCUUUUACCUCUGGCAUCUAAUCAUCAAAAAUCAGUAGCAUAUUACCUGUUAAAUGAUCAAUGUAACACAGUGGCGUUAGUUGAUAUGGGAUAGAUUGAGCAUUUCUUUCUUGGGUUCCUGGGAGCUUGUGUAAUUUGUCAUGAUGUGGGUGCUUCAUUAUGAAGGUGCUAACCUGCACAAGAUGCUUUCAUUGCCACUUUGGAUGGUCCAAGUGUACUAAUCAGUAUCUGCUUCCUUCAUACUCCCUGCUGUGGGAGAGCAGCUACCUAGCAAACUCAGUGUCUGACUGUAUUUAUACCCUGCAGAUACAAGUUCCUGGAGUGGGCAUCAGUGAAUAUUAACUAUGCAUCUUCCACCUAUAGUGUAUGAAUGUUCUGAGCAGCUGGGCAGGGAUUACUAGCAUGGACUUGGGAGGCAGUGGAAGAAGUUGCCACUCUGCUCUGUGUUAUGUCUAGUGGCUCUGAGGUUUGUGUUCUAAUGGGGUGUGCCAUACAGAAACACCAUUAAUCAGCACUGUGUGUAAUCUAUAUCAGGUCUUCCUCCAAGCUGUGGCAACAGGGACACCAUCUCAGCUCUUCCAAAUCCUCAUCCCUGCAGCAUGGGAAAUAGCGACCUUUGUGGCUUCUCUUCCAUCGUGACCUGCCUGUACAAAGUGUCUACCUGUUGUCUUUUGUAUGCGAUGCCUCUCCUGGAGUGGGAGCAGUGUUGGCUUCCCAACCCCCUUCCUUCAACCUGUGGGCAGGAGCUCUGUCACACAUCGGGUGGGGCAGGUAGAACUGUUGUUUGUGGAAUCAGAAAGGGACACAAGGCCUGUUGACCCCAGAACCAGUUCCUGUACAGAACAACCCAGUUAGUGUUGAGCCACCAAGGUGUUCCAAUCUGUUUGUGUAAAAACCCUGCAAAUGUUUUAAGAAAACCCAAGAGAAGUGCCUUUUAAGAUUAAAAUAUAUGUUUAUUUUGUUGGAUCAGAGGUCAUGAAGAAAGUCAAUUGUCUUAAAAAUCAAGGCAAGAAAUAUUCAAAUGAUUGAGACUGAGGGAAAAAUACUUAAAUGUUCAACAUCCUUGGCUACCUCCAGUGUGGAGUUUAGAAGUGGAUCACUCUGUGAAUGGAAUAUCCUUGAAACAACUCUUUGCCAACCUUGCCAUAGACAUGAGGAACUGUAGGCGAUGGCUUACAAAAUAAGACACAAAGUGCUGGAAUAACUCAGCAGGUCGAGUCAGGGCCCUUCUUCAGACUGAAGAGUUAUUCCAGCACCUUGUCCCUUUCUUUACACGCGUCUAUUUGCUCUGGGUGUACCUUGUGCUGUAAAGGGGUAGAGAGGUGGGGUUGAGGCGUCUAGUGAACAGGUUUAGGAAGCUGUCAGACACAGCAGGGAGACAAAUGGUGACGUCUUACAGAUGCUGGCAAACUGAUCGAAAACUUCUGGAUCUCUGUAAUAGAUUUGAGAGCUUCUGCAAUAAAGUGAUUGGUAAUAGCCCUUUGCCAGAACAAGGUUGCCACCAAAAACCUUUUUGAGAUGAACGUGCUCCCUGGCCAACUGGUUCUACCUCUUUCUGGUCUCUGGCCAGGGAAGUCUGCUCAUUCCCUGGUCCACAACUGGCUUGAUGCUGUGUUGCUUACAGUACAACUGACUGAAAGCAGAAUCUCAGCCCGUUCUUGCUCCUCAACAAUGGUCAAUAACCCUUGCUGCCCCUGUGUGAGCUUGUCAUUGGUCCCUCCAUAUGGUGGUUGGUGUAACAACCUCUGGCUGAUUAGGACUGUUGGUUCAACAGCAUGAACUAAUGCUUCUAACUCCCAUCUCAAUAGGGACUUAAACAAUUAGCUUUGGUUUAUUUACACCCAGUGGUCUUUUAUUUCAACAGUCGACAUUUCAUUGCAUGGGUAAAUCUUGGGCUGAAUGUUUCUUGUUGUCUGUCUGUUGUGUUUAAAAACUGUUGUGUCAAACACUUGUGCCAGAUGUUUGUGCCAGUGAUGUCUGUUCUACUUUCAAAAGCACUGAAUUAGCUGUGUGAUCCCUUCAGGACAUUAUUCUGCUUUAGUUUCAAGCUGAAGGCACAGGUGAGGGACUGUAGCUUUGCAUCGAGAAUAUUUGUUUGGCUUUGUACAAUUUGUUGCCCCUGGAACAUGAUGGGGAGUGGGAUGUGUGUGUGUCUGUGUGUCGUGUCUGACUCUGCUGUAUCUGUUCUUCAAGAAUCCAUAAAUGUCAUUGUGCCUGUGUUCUACCUUAGAACUGGUUCUCCCAGAGAUAAACAGGAAUUACGGCUGGAAUGAGCAGCAUUAUACCUGUUCUAUGGGAGAUGGGGAUGCACUUAGUAAAAGGAUAGAACUUGCUCACUAAAUUAUUCAGGCAUCAAUGAAUUUGCAUGUUUGGUACAUUAUGUAUAAUGAAAAAUUACCUAUUUUCUAUAACUGUAAUGUUGCUGUCUAAAAAUCGAGGAUAUAAGUUGUGUGGAAAAAAUACUAUUUUUGAUUUUCUUACAAAUGAAUUUAAUUAUCCAUAUGUUCUAAUAAAUGCAUCUUAAAUUUU